AGUAAAGUCGAUUAUGUCCUUUUUCAAGCUGCCACAGCGGUAAUGGAAGCAGUAGUAAGAGAGUGGGUUCUUUUGGAGAAAAGUAGCAUUGAAUCAUUAAGAACAUUCCUUUUAACUUAUGUCUUACAAAGGCCCAACCUUCAGAAAUAUGUUCGAGAACAGAUUCUUUUAGCAGUAGCAGUAAUUGUGAAGCGUGGAUCAUUAGACAAAUCGAUUGACUGCAAGAGCAUUUUUCAUGAAGUCAGUCAGUUAAUAAGCAGUGGUAAUCAUACUGUGCAGACAUUGGCCUGUUCCAUUCUUACUGCACUGUUGAGUGAAUUCUCAAGUUCUAGUAAGACUAGCAACAUCGGACUCAGCAUGGAGUUCCAUGGUAACUGUAAAAGACUGUUUCAGGAAGAAGACCUCCGGCAGAUCUUCAUGUUGACAGUUGAAGUACUACAGGAGUUUACUAGACGUGAAAAUCUUAAUGCACAGAUGUCUUCAGUUUUUCAGCGUUAUCUUGCACUAGCCAAUCAGGUUUUAAGCUGGAACUUUCUUCCUCCAAAUUAUAUCCUUUUCCAUCAUGCUGAUGAGUCCGUUCUCCUGAAGGCUUUCGGAUCUCGACCCUCCACCUCUUGGCAAGAAUGCCUGGUUGAUAGCAAGGCUAUGGAACUAUUUUAUACUGUGCAUCGUAAAAUUCGGGAAGACUCCGACAUGGCUCAAGACUCCCUUCAGUGCCUGGCGCAGUUAGCUUCCCUCCAUGGACCUAUUUUUCCUGAUGAAAGGUCUCAAGUGGAUUAUCUGGCUCAUUUCAUUGAAGGAUUACUUAACAUGAUUAAUGGGAUUGAUAUAGAAGAUUCUGAAGCAGUGGGCAUUUCAAAUAUAAUCAGUAAUCUGAUAACAGUGUUUCCACGUGAGAUCUUAACUGCCAUUCCAAGCGAACUUUUUUCUUCAUUUGUAAACUGCCUCACACACCUCACCUGUUCUUUUGGCCGAAGUGCUGCUCUAGAAGAAAUUCUGGAUAAAGAUGAUAUGGUUUACAUGGAAGCAUAUGAUCGACUGUUGGAGUCCUGGCUUACUUUAGUACAAGAUGAUGCACAUUUCCAUAAAGGUUUCUUCACUCAGCAUGCUGUUCAGAUAUUUAAUUCAUAUAUUCAGUGCCAUUUAGCUGCCCCAGAUGGUACAAGGAAUUUGACUGCCAAUGGAGUAUCUUCUCGAGAAGAAGAGGAAAUCAAUGAACUGCAAGAGGAUGACAGAGAUCUUUUCUGUGAUCAGUUGGCCAGUAUAGGCAUGCUAGGAAGAGUUGCUUCAGAACACUGUAUACCACUUCUUACAAGUUUGUUAGAGGACCGAGUGACCAGACUUCAUGGACAGCUACAGAGACAGCAGCAGCAGCAAUUGCUUUCCUCACCAGGGCCAGGGUCUGUUGACAGCAAGUUGCUUGAUGAUUUGUAUGAAGAUAUUCACUGGCUUAUAUUAGUUGCAGGUAGGUUAACUUGCCAGUACACACAAGGUGAGACUCCCCUGAUACCCCCUACUAUCUUAAGGUAUUUACUGAAAUGGCCUUCACAACUUACCAUAAAAACAACAAUAUCCUUGGUAGGGACUCCUCUGAGGAAAGCUUCAAGGAUGCCUGGUUAUAAUAGACUGUUUUAUGUUAUAUGCAGGUUGUUAUCUGCUGUUCUAAGAGCUUCAGAAGUGGAGUCUCGAGCAACAAGGGCAAACUUAAUAGAACUUCUAAGUCCACAGAUGGGUAAAGAUAUCAUGUGGUUCCUCAGAAGAUGGACAAAGACCUACCUCCUUGUAGAAGAGAAACUUUAUGAUCAGAUAAGCUUACCGUUUAAUACAGCAUUUGGUGCAGAUACAGAAGGGGCCCGGUGGAUUGUGGGAUACCUUUUAGAAAAGGUCCUCAGUAACCUGUCCGUCUGGAGUUCUGAGCAGGACUUGGCAAAUGACACAGUACAACUGCUCGUAACUCUGGUAGAAAGGAAGGAAAGAGCAAACUUAGUAAUUCAGUGUGAAAACUGGUGGAAUUUAGCAAAGCAAUUCGCUAGUCGAAACCCACCUCUUCAUCUCCUGUCUAGCUCUGUGCAGAGAACAGUAAUGAAAGCCCUCGUUUUAGGAGGGUUUGCCCAUAUGGAUUCAGAAACUAAGCAGCAGUAUUGGACGGAGGUUCUUCAGCCUUUUCAGCAACGAUUUAUGAAUGUGAUAAACCAAGAAAACUUCCAGCAGAUCUGCCAGCAGGAGGAAGUAAAGCAGGAGAUCAUUGCCACUCUGGAAGCACUGUGUGGCAUUGCUGAAGCCACACAAAUAGACAAUGUAGCAAUUCUUUUUAAUUUCCUCAUGGAUUUUCUCAAUAAUUGCAUUGGACUGAUGGAAAUCUAUAAAAAUACGCCAGAGACUGUUAACCUAAUCAUUGAAGUAUUUGUGGAAGUUGCACAUAAACAAAUAUGCUACCUUGGUGAGUCUAAAGCCAUGAACCUCUAUGAGGCCUGCUUAACAUUGCUUCAGGUUUAUUCCAAGAACAAUAUGGGGAGAAAACGAGUCGAUGUGACUGCAGAAGAAGAGCAAUACCAGGACCUCCUACUCAUCAUGGAGUUGCUUACGAAUCUGCUGUCAAAAGAAUUUAUAGACUUUAGCGAUACAGAUGAAGUUUUCAGAGGACAAGAGCCUGGUCAAGCUACAAACAGAACAGUGUCUGCAGCUGAUGUUGUUUUGUAUGGUGUCAACAUAGUACUACCUCUGAUGUCACAAGAUUUAUUAAAGUUUCCAUCUCUGUGCAAUCAGUACUACAAGUUAAUCACUUUUAUUUGUGAGAUCUUCCCAGAGAAGAUAGCACAGCUUCCUGAAGACCUUUUCAAGAGUCUAAUAUAUUCUUUGGAAUUAGGGAUGACUUUAAUGAGCACUAAAGUUUCACAGUUGUGUUUGGAAGCUCUAACACCAUUAGCAGAGCACUGUGCAAAGUCUCAAGAAACUGAAUCACCCCUUUAUGUAGCAACAAGGCACUUUCUGAAGCUUGUGUUUGACAUGCUUGUGCUACAGAAACACAACACAGAAAUGACCAUUGCAGCGAGUGAAGCAUUUUAUACUUUAGUAUGUUUGCAUCAGGCCGAAUAUUCUGAACUGGUGGAAACACUACUCUCAAGUCAACAGGAUCCAGUCAUUUACCAACGUUUAGCAGAUGCCUUUAACAAGCUAACUGCAACCAGCACUCCCCCUACACUAGAUCGGAAGCAGAAGUUAUCGUUUCUAAAGAGUAUGGAAGAGUUUAUGGCAAAUGUGGGUGGCCUGCUGUGUGUCAAAUAAAAAAUGUGCUUACGUUUAGACCCUUUCUGCAAAAUGCACAGAGAAAAAGGGCAGACUGGAUGUUAUGUCCCUUCUUUGGCUGUCAAGGGCCGUGUUGGAUUUCACAGUCUGCUUUUUUGAUCCAGAUACAGUAGUACAAGGAGUACAGGCCAUCGGCUGUUCCUCAGCCUCCACUAGUGCACGUUAGCCAGACGCUGUCAAGAACAACUUGUGUAUGGCUGAGAUCCAGCAGCAGAUUUGCAUUAUCAAAUGAAAUUCCAUUUAUGUGCAACAAUAUGGGCACAGUGAAAGAUGAAUUCAGUGCCUUCCUCCCUUGUCCCCACAACUCUGGUUUGAAGCUGCCUGACAUUUUCCAGGGGGAAACUGUCAUAUUUUAUUUAAAACCUUGAUUGAGGGGUUUGCUAUAGAAGCAUAGGCAACUGUAAAAAAAACUAUGUCGGAGAUUAGCUUUAGUUUUCUUCUCUGACGUUUUAAGUUUGUGGCCUAAGAAAGAAACAGCACCAAAAGGUAUUGCUGAACUUAAGUUUGCAUAUUUCCACAGCAGCCUGGUCUUCUGCAGCUUUGUGAUACUGCUUUGAAGAUUGUUUUAUACUGCCUGAAGUUCAGAAGGAAGAGAUGUAUAUUAUUUUUUAUACUUUUUCCCAAAAAAAAAAAAAAAAAAACUGGUUAGGAAUCAUCAUUUCAUUGCCUUAAUUUAAAAAAAAGUUUUUUUAAUAUCUGUGGUACACAAAUGCCAAAAAAGCUGUUGAACUUUGGAAGUUUUACAGGAAUUUAGGGGUGUUUCAGUUGAAUUGCAAGUAUGCAGACUAACUCCUCUCUUGUCUGAUCCAUUGUCAGAGGACUCCUGUGUGUGUGUGUGUGUUCACUUUCACUUUUAUUCUGUUGCCCAUACUCAAGCUGUUACACAUUUCUGUAUUUCAGAAUCUGCCUACAUGAGCAAUAAUGAUUUAAAGAUGCUAGGAAAUUGUUACUCUUCUUUACCCUCUUACCUUUUUCUGUCAUAGGUUUUUAAUACAAGUUUAUCAUUUUUUGAAUGCUCCGACUUUUGGGGUCUUCUCAGAUCUCGAGUUCUUGUUGUUUUACCAGCUGCUGUCCAUAUUCACAUUUCUAAGCAAUCCUGUGACAUAAGGAGAGUGACAGAAACAGAGAGGGAAUUGAGAGUAGUUGUGGUGGCAACAAAGUUGCAAGUUCCAGAAGGCGAAAUCAGAAUAUUGGGUUUACAGUAAAAGGACAUCAGAAGAGCAUUUUUUUCAGAUGUAAAAAUUGUUUCCUAUCACCUUUAAAGGGUAUGAUUAAAUAAAACACACUAAUUUUGGGGCAUUAGAAGAAAAAAUCACUAUGUAAUGCUGAUGAAAAUUUUUCACAGAUGGUUUUAAAAAUGUAUAAAGAAUGUAAAUAUACCUUUUAAAUGCGUUUGCAUUGCCUAAUUUGCUUGAGUGCACCAGUCUUGGUGCACAUUUAAAAGGAAUCAUGUUGCCUUGAACAUAGGUUCACGAACUUUCUCAUCUAUUAUGUGUGUGUAAUAUUUUGUACAGAUUUUAUGUCUGCAUAUAUUUAUGUAUUGUUUUCAAGUAUGUGUGUUAAGUUCUGGUUUGACUGAGCCACCAGAGGAGUAGCUCUGUUGAACGGAGAUCUUUAAUGGCAACGCUUACUUUUCACAGUUUCCUAGAGAAGAUGCAUUCUGUCUCUCUCCUGUCGGGACGUAUGCUUUCUUGGACUUGAUUUUUGAAAAACUGAUAUUUCAAGUGUACUGUAUUCAUGUUUAUUUACUCUUGCCAGUUCAGAAAUGUUAUACCAUUGUAAAUAUAGUCCUGACUGAUUUUGAGAAGGGUUCAAAGUAGUUUCUAAAGUAAUGCUGAGAAUAUAGGAAGGUAAUUUUUAGCGAGGUAAAUCUUUCCUAAAUUUUGGUUAACUCAACUGAAGCUUUGAAAGUUAGUGAAUAGUGUACAAUACAGAGACCUGAUUUUUGUCGCUGGUUUCAGUGGCAUAUGAAAUUUUUCUGUACAUAGAUAAUUGACUCUUGUGUACAUGAUUACAGAAGAUAUUUUUACAUUUCAUUUUAGCUUAUUUUUACCGAAUGAAAUUACAGUUCAUGUUU